CUGAGGCUGAGCAGUAUCUGUUAAAUACAAACAAAACAAAUUGGGGGUUUUACCAAAAAAAAAGAAAAAAACAAAUUGGGGGAGAAAGCUGACCUGAACCUUGGAAUUUGCGAUCACACUACUUACAUAGCUCUGAUCUGUCCUCCAUAUCUGGCACAGCGUUUCAACCGUAACAUAGUACUUGAGAAGUCCUCUCCAGUUCUACAAAUUGCGAUUUCAAUAUAUAAACCAUGGCUGGUAACACGGAGGGGAGAGAAGUUCUACCGGAUAAAUUAGAAGAUGCCAGGCAAGCUGGAGGGAAGAAUUCAAAUAGGUGUACCUUGAUUUUGACCGAGGGAGAUUCCUCCAAAGCUCUAGCGAUGUCUGGCCUGACUUCCGAUAUGCGUGACUUCUAUGGGGUUUAUCCAAUCACAGGAAAGGUUUUGAAUGUUAGAAAAGCCAGUCCAGCUCAAAUCAAUAGGAACAAGUUCAUUCAAGAUCUUACGAAAAUUCUAAAACUGGAACUUCAAAAGGAGUACACAGACACUUCAUCACUGCGAUAUGGACGUGUGAUACUCAUGACAGAUCAAGAUGAUGAUGGAACUCACAUGAGUGGCUUGUUGAUAAACUUGUUUUCUUUUCUGUGGCCUUCGUUACUCAAGCUUCCAUCAUCAUUCCUAAUUGAUUUUGUAACUCCCCUUAUCAAGGUAACGCACGAGACUAAAGAAGCUGAGACAUUUUCCUCACUGCGUGAAUUCAAAGAGUGGAAAGAAAAAGAUAAGGCUCAUGCAACCGAGUGGUCUGUGAAGUUUUACAAGGGAUUGGGUUCAAGUACCGUCGAGGAGGGAAUGCUGUACUUUAAUCAAAUUGAUAUCCACGUAAGGGAGUUUGUUUGGGAAGGUGAUGCUGAUGGAGAGGCAAUAAAUAUAGCUUUUGGAGGCGAUCCGGAAAAACGAAAAGAAUGGAUUCGGAACAAUAACCAAGUUGAUUCUCUGCCUGGACCGAGAGGAAAUAAAAUAACGUACAAAGAGUUUGUAAAUAACGAACUUGUCUUGUUCACCAUAGCGAAUCUCCAGAGGUCUAUUCCCACAAUGUUUGAUGGGCUCAAAUCAGGAGAGAGAAAGAUUAUCUUUACUGCAUUCAAGAUAGAUCUCACUGAGCUUACCCCUCUUGACGUGUUUUCCAGCCUAGUAUCACAACAUUCAGCAUAUCACCACAGUAGGAAGUGCAUUUCCAAUGUUAUAAUACGCAUGGCUCAGGAUUUCAUUGGUCGGAACAAUGUGAAUUUAUUUGAGCCAUCUGGACAGUUUGGCACAAGUGCUUCGGGAGGAAAGGAUGCAGCAAAUGAGGGAUAUUUGCAUACUAAGCUCAAACCAGUGGCAUGGGUCUUGUUUCCCAAAGCUGAUGAUGAUCUGCUUGAAUACAAUUUGGAAUAUGGGCGAAAGCUGGAGCCAACUCGGUAUUUUCCAAUUAUUCCGUUGGUCUUAUUGAAUGGGGCAAAAGGUAUUGGUUCAGGGUUUAGCACUUUCAUACCACAAUAUAACCCACGAGAUGUUAUUGCAAAUAUAAGGCGUGGAAUCAAAUGUGAAGAAAUGGAGCCUAUGGUGCCUUGGUAUCGAGAUUUUGAGGGAGAGAUUAAAAAAACAGGAGAAGGCGUGUACACAUCCUAUGGUAAGUGUCACGAUGUUAACGAUAACACUGUUCAAAUUUCAGUGUUACCGAUUGGGUUGUGGACUGAUGAUUAUAAGAAGAUCUUGCAUGCACUUAAGGCAAACAAUGGCGACCCCUUGAUCGAGGAUGUUAGCAUACACAAUGAUGGUUCAUCAAUGGUGUUUAAUGUAAUAUUGAGUAAAAAGCACAAGAAGGAGGCUCGACGAGAGGGUUAUUUAAAGAAAUUCAAACUCGAAAAGAAUAUUACAACCACCAACAUGCACCUCCUUAUGGGUGGCUUGAUUAAAAAGUAUCACAGCCCUGAAGAAAUUAUAAAAGAUUUUUACCCGCACAGACUGGAACUCUAUGUUAAAAGAAAGGGAAAAACGGCGCUCGCUCUGACAAGUGAGAUAGUAAAACUCCAAAGAAAAAUUCAGUUCUUAAAAGAUGUCAACCGUGGUGUCAUUCUUGUCGUUGGUAGAUUGGAGAGUGAAAUCAUUAAAGAACUAAAAAGUGGCGAUGAGAAGUUCUUAGAGCUGUCUCUAACCAUGGAUCAGUGUAUUGAGUUGGAGAAAGAGCUUGCAGAGAAAAAUCAAGAGGUAGGACACUUGAAUAGCUCCUCAGCUGAGUCAAUGUACGAGGAAGACUUGAAGAAAUUUGAGUCCAUGUUAUCUGAGAGCGAAGAUUUAAACUCUAGAAAACGUGGGAUGAUGGCUAUGUCUUGCCAAAGGACAGUUAAACCAAAGAAAACUCAAUAGUAAACUCUAUAAUGAUAAACUACUUGCUUAUCUGUGUUUCAGCUUAAAAACUCAUUGAUACAACUAGUUUGUUGCCGUUUUCAUUACGUCUUAAAUUUGUUUCCCAGAUGGAAUACAGUCUAUAAUUUACGCUUUUCUUGUCCUACUCAUAUGUCACUUUAUUCAUCAUUAUGU